AUGAAGAAGUAGCAAUAGUAGUUGUAAAAUAUUAACAUGCCUUCCUCAUCAAAGGCAGCCAACCGAGAGCGCCACAAUAAUCAGCGGCAGGGUAUGAAUAGUCGGAUGGAGAAGCAAUCAAGGUAUGAUGACUAGGAGAUGGAUGAUAUGAUGAAAAGUUCCAGCAGUUUUGGAUUACCCUCUGAAUCUUAUGCUGAGAGAAUAUCGGAUAAAGAGAUUUAAAGCGAUAGAAACUUAAAUUCACCCUCGAGAAAUCAAAAUACUUUAAAUGCUACAAAAAAGCCAUUUAUAGCCGAUAAUGGUUUGGACAUUAGUUUUGAAUUUCUAGACGAUCAGAAAAAAGGCACAGCUCAAUAAAAGAAAGGAGGUGAUCGAAAAAAAGAAGAGAAUUAAUUUGGCUCUCCUAGUUUCACUACUUACGGAUAGAACACUCAAGGAGAACCUACAAAUCGCCUAAAUGAAAAAGAAGUGACAAGAAGCACAUAGCAGUAAGUAAACAUUGGCAUUAGUAACAUGAAGCAUCAAAGCAAGAACUUGCUAAACAAAUAGCAAUAAUCAAGUCAGGAAAAAGCUAAUAAGAAUAAAAUUAUCCAGUAAAAUAUUUUUGGAAAUCAAACAAUGUAUGAUAAAGGAAUUGGAGCUCUAAAAAAAGAUACUGACAAAACUAAGGUGUCCAAAACCCAAAACUUAAUGCUGAGUCCUAAAUUGUAAAACUAGAGCAAAAAACAUACAGCAACAAAUCAAUUUGAGGGAGGGGAAUACCCGACUUUUUAAAACCUAAAUAAGCAAAACAGUAAUCAAAAUGAUGAUUCAUAUAUUUCAUCCCAUUCUGGAAUAAAUCUUUUAGCUGGAGGUUUAGACAACUCUAUUCACUUGAAUAAUCCCUCAGAAUUAAAUAUGCAAGCUGUUCAUAAUGGUCAAAGGAUAAUUAAUAACAAUUAUUAGAACAUAGUAAAUUUGAGAGCAUCAUAAUAAUAGUAAUCUCACUUGCCAGGAAUUCAAAACGGCUAUCUAUAAAAAGUUAUCAAUAACAUUUAAGAUAAACAGCAAGAGAAAAAAGCAACUCCUUUAUUGAAUUUAGAAGGCAUCAGCUAGAUGAAUGGGUACAAUGCUAAGUAUUAGACUACGAAGACUUCGUAAGCAAACUAGAAUAAAGUAAUGCCAAUAAGUAAAUUUGACAGUGAGGAGGAGGGAGGAGCUGGUCUUGGCCCAACCAGUAGUUAAGAAUUCACUAUGAUGUAUGGCAGGAACUUUUCGGCAGGCUAGAGACACAGAAACAGUCCAAGCAAAACGAACAUUAAUAUGUAUCAAGGAACUAUAAGCGAUAUCUAGUUUCAUAAAACAGAAAUUCUUGGCACCAGACGAGAAUCUAAUGACUACUUUGACUUCAACGAUGAGAAUGAUGCUAAUUCCAGACUGCGAAACUAUGCAAUUAAGAAUCCAAAUGACUUUGACAAUGUCUCUUAUGAUGAAAGUGAAAGAUCUAAAGUGAUGAGAAUGCCAAAUCUCGAUGCCUCUAAGAUAUAGCUAUAAGAAGAGAUAGGCUACUUACUGUCAAAGCACACUGAGGAAAAUGCUAAAAAUGAAGAUGAUAACGAGAAAGAUAAAGAAGCAGAAAAACAGCCAUUUUAUAGAAUCGUAGAUAAAGACCCUCUAGAUAUCAUAAAUGAUUAUCAAGACAGAUGGCCUUGCUUGAAAUUCAGAAAGAGCCUAGCCAAAAUUAGAAUCAUUAUCAAUAGAAUCGCUCUGGUUGUAAUUUCUAACAAAUACUUCGAGUCUGUUUCUAUAAUGGUCAUCAUUACAAAUUCCUUAUUCCUAGCUCUUGAUGAUCCCUUAACUACAUAAUAACCUGCAUAUUUGGAUUACAGCGACUCGAUAUUUCAAUACUUAUACACAUUUGAGAUGGUUAUGAAAAUAUUGGGAUAUGGAUUUAUCUUCAAUAAAGGAGCUUACCUGCGAGACGCUUGGAAUGUUCUUGAUUUUGUGAUUGUAGUGUCUGGUUAUAUCUCACUCAUUUUAUCAGGUGGUGGAGUAAAUCUAAGUGUACUCAGAUCAUUCAGAGUCAUCAGACCAUUAAGAACAAUAUCCAGUAUUUAAGGUCUCAGAGUCAUUGUAUAAGCUUUAGUAAGUUCUCUUCCUCUGCUCAGAGAUACUAUCCUUGUGCUUUUGUUCUUCUUUUUGAUUUUUGCAAUUGCUGGAGUGCAGCUAUUCUCUGGUGCACUGAUGCAAAGAUGCUUCGCAAUUGAAACUGGAAUUAUAAUGAUUGAGGAUAAAUUAUGUGGAGGUGGUAGUGAAUGCCCCUCUGGUUUCGCCUGCGGAAAAACUAUGAAGAAUCCAAACUAUGGAGCCACCAACUUUGACAACAUUUUCUAUGCUUUCUUACAAAUCUUUUAAACUGUCACUCUUGAAGGCUGGACUACUACCAUGCUUGCUUUAGAAUAAACAGUGGGUUAAUGGACAAUCAUAUAUUUUGUACCUAUUGUCUUCAUUGGUGCCUUUUUCUUAUUGAACUUGACAUUAGCCGUAAUCAAGAGUAAGUUCACUGAGGAACAUAAUAAGAAUAAGAAUAAACACAGUGAUAACGCUAGCAAGAAAAAACCUAAGAUUUAUGGGAACGAAAGUGAAGAAGACGAUCAAGAUGUACUUCAAGAUAAUAGGAAUAGCAAUGAAGCACCGAAACUUACAAAAGUUUAGUAGAAAUUGAAGGAGAUUGAAGAGAGCUUAGACCUAACUCCUAGAUCGAAGAAGCUGAUGAAAGAAAAGGCAAAGCUGCAGGAGCUUAUGAAAAGAGUUGAUUUCGCUAUAAAAGCUAAAGAGGUUAAGGACAAAGUAACACCGAGAGGCAGUUAAAUAUUCAACUUCUCAUAGAUGAGUAUGGAUUAAAUUGGUCUCUAAGCGGUUGCACUGCAAAGUAGCAAAUUCAAAAAUCAUCAUGUUAAUAAGAUAAAUGUAGCUGAGAUAUUCAACAGCAGAUUCUUCCAUUUCUAGGUCAACUCUUAGAAUUCACUACUUAAAAUUGAUGAAAAUGAUCUCAGUCUUAAUCGAUCGAUUGAAGCAGCAUUGAGAAAUAACAAUGGAUCAUAUGCAAAUAGGUUUGGAGCAAGACUUAACAAGAAAAAGUUUGAAGAGUAGUUUCCUAUUAAAGAAGAUGAUCAGGAGAAUUCCUUUCUAAAGUCUUCUCAUAAAUUUAGUUAAGAUUUAGCUUCUCUUAUUGAUAAUGAGGACGAUAAGAAGUACUCUAAAUCUGAUGAGAAAGCUAGCAAAGGCUAGGAGAUCUCAAACAUGAACAGAACCCAGACCAUGGGCAAGACAAAGUUUUCACCUUGGCUAGGAUAAGUCUUUGAGAUUCAAAAGCAGCCUUAAUAGGAGGAUCAUCCUAAUUCAGCCAGACUAUUGAUGGGUGGGUUUGCAGGCAUAAAAUCAAAACAGUUCUCAGAAAAAGAAGAGUCAGAUGAGAUUCUGAAACUGAAGAGAGAAAUCUACGAAAAAAUUGCAAAGAACUUCAAUAUAUUCGAGUUCUUCGAUAGAGAUCACCCUGGUGAUGAUGAAUAUAGCGGAGAUGAAGUGCACGAGGAGAUUGAUUUAGAUGAAGAAGAGUUUGAUUCCUUUCCCCAGUCAAGAGAAAAUAACCGAAGAAUACAAGAGGAUGAAUUAGUAGAGAUUCUUGAUUAAAGUAAUGGAAGUCCAAAUGAGCCCAAGUAUCAAAGGAAAUCUACAAUGGCAACUGUUGAGACUAAAAGUUUCAUGAAGAAAAGAUCUUUCAACUGGAAAGAUAAAACAGAUUAAAAUUUAAGUGACUCAGGUGGUCAUAAUGGUAUUGGCAGACAGCCUCAGAAUGAAAGAGAGUUUUCUCAGAACAUCACUGGUACCAUUGGUCUCAAUGAUUAAACUAUGUUUACUACGCACAAUAUGUUGAUGACUAGCAUUCACGGAAAUAACCAAUAAACCUAUAGACAGCAAACAGCUAUUGCGAGACUGUAGACGCACUCACCAGAAAAGAAUUCAUUUAAACUUGAUCAUCAACAAUUCGAAGAUGAGGAUGAGAAAGCAAAAAGAGAGGAAUAGGAGAAAAAAUAUAACAAUACAUUCAAGCAGAAAUUCAAGACCUUUUUCAGAGGAUGCUCUAUGUAAAAGAGAUAAAAGCGACUGAAGAUAAUUGAAGAAGAGUUUAAGAAAAAAAUGGGAAGAUCUAAGUCCUAAAAAUUGCCAAAAGAAACGGCAAAAGGCAGGUCUAUGCAAGUCAAGCCUAGUCCAAUUCCCACUAUGGAGACCAGAGGUAACAUAAAUAAUUCAGGUAAUGUUCACAAUGAGUCAACCUUACCUAGGUAUCAAAGUUUAUUAAAGCCUAGCAUUAGAGCUAAAUCAGAAGAAAGAAAAACAUUGUAGCUUUAGAAAUAGCACUACUAAUUUAAGUAGAAACUUGAAAUUAUGUAGAAGCGCCGAUCUAAGUUCUUUGCCCAAGCACUUAAAGACAUAGGCAAAACAUAGGAGCAAGUUUUGAGGGAGUUGAAGGAAAAUGCGAGGAGCAGAAGAUUUAUAAAGUUGGGAGGAGGUUUCGAAACUACAAAGAAAGCUGAGAAAAAACUACUUAUGAGAAGUGGUUCACUUGAUUUUGACAAGAAACCAACACUCUCAUUAUAGGACAAUGCUUUUAAAAUUAACUUGAAUCUAGUAACAGCAGACGAUAGACUUUUGGGAUUUUCACCUAAAAAAGACUAAUCCUAUAAGUAUGAUGACGAUAUUAGAAUCAAUAAAAAUUAGAAUUUAAAGACCAAGAUAAGCAACAUUUCUAAAAAGUUAAAAGAUUAGCAAAGUGAUGGAGAAGUGCUAGAUAUGGAUGAAGUUCUCAAAGAAAAGAAGAAAAAGCUCAUUAUAAAGAUGAAGAAUUACAAGUUUACCUCAGUCGAUGAUGUUUUUGAAACUAGAGACGAUAAGGACAAGGACAUGAUUCAUUCCAAUGUUAAUGCUAAUUAAAAGGCAUCUAUGAUGAAAGAACCUGAAGUAAAAAAGAUACUUAGACAAGGUGAGUAGCAGCACAAGCCCUUCUAAAAGAAAAUAAUGAAUGUUUAGAAGAGAUUCUUUGAAGAUCUGAUGCAAAAUGAAGUUAUUGAAUCAGAUGAUAAUUAAGAAACUGUUCUUAGAAGACUUGAAGAUGAGUACAACGUUGACCAUAGAUCAAAUAUACAUGUGACUGGUACACUUUCAAUUGUUAUCAAUAAGCCAACAAAUGAAAACAAGAUGCUUAAUAAGAACUAUUAUGAUCAAUUAAAUCCAAGUAGAAGAGUAAUAGCAACCUCAUUUAUAGAAGAACCCUCUGUAAAUCAGCUUUUCAUUCUUAGCAAAGAGAAUAUUUUUUCAGAUAAUGAAUCAUUAGUACAUCAAAACUCAGCUCGAUCUCAAAAUCUAAACGUAAAUCUAAAUCAGUCAUAAGAGCUGUUACCAGUUCAAAAGUUGGGAAACAAUCUAAAGCUGAAUCUGAGAAGAAUAAAUACUAGGCUUUCAGGAGGUAGUAAGAAAAGCAUGAAAAAUGGAAUGAGCAAGAAAAAAACUAUUAAAUAAUCGAGCGUGCUGGGGACUGAAAGAAAAUCUGCACCUAAUAGUCAAAGAAAUAAUCAAAAUAAUCAGAAUACGGCAAACUAGCAAACAUUAACCUCUCAAUAAAAGAAACAAUAAUAGGAGGCUUUGGAUAAUGCUCGUUAUUUUAUGCCUAGACCAGAAGCCCUUACUGACAAAUAAAUAUUAAAAAGAUUAAACAAUGAAGUCAAGAGAUCAAAAGUCUUUAGCUCAGUGCAUUUCAGAAAGCUGCCAGAUUCAAUAAGAAGAAAAGAUGGAGUAGUAACUGUGCUACCAAAUAAGAAAAAGAAAGGAGCUAAAAAAGGAACAAUAACUCAUAGAGAUGAAGACGGAGAUGAUGAACUUUCUGAAACUAGUGAAGAAGAAGAACGUCUAAAUGAUGAUUACUUUAUUGACAGGGAACUAGACUAUUAUGAAUAAAUACUCAAAGCUAAAAAUGCAGCUGCUAGUAGACCAAUAGAUAACAUUGAAUGGAGUGGGCAGGACAUCAUGCAAAGAUUUGAUCCAUAUAAAGCUAGAAUAGCUUUGGAAUCUCUUAAUAAAAUCAGAGUAUGGCCUAAAGGAAUAAGUGGUUAUGUUAAAAGAGCUCGAGUUUUAUUAAAGCAUUUUAUGAAGAGUUCAUUUAUUGAAAACUUCAUGACUCUCUGUGUCUUUGCAAAUACUAUUGUACUCUCUAUUGAUCAUUAUGGAAUAAAAUAAGAUUUAACUGAUAUUCUGUCAGUUUGCAAUACACUAUUCACUAUUAUCUUCGCUGUUGAGAUGUUUUUGAAAAUAUUGGCAGUUGGAAUAGUAAAGUACCUAAGAGAUAAACUAAAUUACAUGGACGGUGCUAUUGUUAUAUUGUCACUAGUUGAAUUAGUAUUUAUGGGAGGUAAAGGAUCAUUGAAAGCUCUCAGAUCAAUAAGAAUUAUAAGAACUUUCAGAGUAUUAAGAGUGGCAAGACUGCUUAGAGGACUAAAAUCAAUGAUGAAUAUUAUUGCUGUUAUUUAAAGAUCCAUUUCUAGUUUCAUUUACUUAGCAAUGCUUUUGUUCCUAUUCAUUUUCAUUUAUGCCUUGCUAGAAAAUUGGAACUCAGUAAUGUUCUUUGCUUUCGGUUCUACAAUUAAUCCAUUCAUAUCAGCAAUUUACUUCAUUAGUUGCAUUUUUAUUGGAAAUUUCAUGCUUUUGAAUUUGUUCUUGGCUAUCUUGCUAGAUAGUUUUACAGCUGUUGAAGAAGAAGAUCAUGAUACUCCAGAAAAAAGAGUUGCCCGUGAAAAGUAAAGAAUAGAAGACCUAAAAACUAAAGAAGGAGAAGAUUUCAUCAAUGGACUUGAUGAGAUUGAAAUCGACAAUGCCCAGAAGAAUGUUAGCAAAAAGAAGAAAAAGAAGAAGAAGAAGUCUUCUGGAAAGAGCAGAACUGGAGAGGAGCCAUUGAGCAACAUUCUUGAGGAAAGUAUUGAAAUCGAUUUGGAAACUCUUAAUAGUCGCAAAGCUGAAACCCUUUCAUAAAAGAACAUACUCUUUAAAGGCAUUGAAUGUCAAAGAUCUCUUUAUAUAUUUAGCCAAAGUAACCCUUUGAGGAUAAAGAUAUAUGAGAUGGUUACAAACACUAAGUUUGAAACUUUCAUUCUAUUGGUGAUUGUGUUUUCAAGUAUAAAGCUGAUCUAUGAUACUUAUACUUAGGACUUUUCAGAUGAUAACCCAUUAGUAGACAUUUCUGCCAAGUUUGAUUAUGUUUUCACCACUAUCUUCACUAUGGAACUGAUGCUGAAGUGUGCUGCCUUCGGAUUCGCAAUGGAUACUAACUCUUAUCUAAGAGAAAGUUGGAAUCAGCUCGACUGCUUCAUUGUUAUAACUUCCCUCAUAGAUGCCUUAUUCUCUAAUGUUAACCUCCCAAUCAUCAAGAUUCUGAGACUUCUGCGUAUACUUAGACCACUAAGAUUCAUCUCACAUAACUCAUCAAUGAAAACAGUGGUUGUUGCUCUACUUUCAUCUAUGGGAGCUAUAUUCAAUGUAGGAAUCGUGGUCAUCGCAGUGUUCCUAAUGUUUGCUAUUCUUGGAGUGAAUCUAUUCGCAGGUAAACUCCAAUCUUGUAGUGUGAACCCUUAUCAAGUGAGAAAUGAGCUUGAUUGCUUCAAAGCGAGGGGAGAAUGGAUUACUUAUAGCUAAAACUUCGAUAAUGUUCCCAGAGCAAUGAUUACCUUGUUUGUGGUAGCUACCUAAGAGGGAUGGCCAGACUUGAUGUAUGCCUAUACUGAUAUAACAAAUGAAGCUCAGGGACCAAAGCCUGGCGAAUCUCCAGCAAAUGCCUACUUCUUUGUUGCAUUCGUCUUCGUUGGAUCAUUCUUCUUUAUGAAUCUGUUCGUCGGUGUCCUGUUUAUGAACUUUGAAGCUGCCUAGAGAGACGAGAAAGAAGCGUUGCUUCUAGACGGAGAUGAAAUGAAAUGGGUUGAUAUGAUGAAGAUGAUAAUUCAAACUAAACCUGAGAUCAUUAAGACUCCUAAAAAUGUAAUAAGCUAGUUCUUGUAUAAGCAUACCAAGCCAGAGACUAAAUUUGAUUUAUUUAUCAUGAUUUGCAUCAUACUCAACAUGCUUUAAAUGGCUAUCAAUUUUGAAGGCCAGACUGUAACCUACGGAAAAGGAUUAGAAGUUGCAAACUACAUAUUUACUGGCAUUUUUGCUCUUGAAGUAAUGCUUAAGAUUGUUGCAAAUGGCACAGCAUAUUUUGCUCCAACUUGGCAUAAGUUUGAUGUUUUUGUAGUCAUUUCUAGUUUCUUAGAUAUAGUCAUGGGUCAGCUCUCAACUGCUACUUUAAAGCCCCUUAGAGUAGCUCCCUAACUAGCAAGAGUUUUAAGAGUACUCAGAGUGAGUAGACUGUUCAAACUAUUAAACAAGUACAAAGGUCUCUAAGCUUUGAUUCAGACAAUCACAUUUUCUAUUCCAUCCUUGUCGAAUGUAUUUGCCCUUCUCCUCUUAGUUUAUUUCAUCUUUGCUGUGCUCGGAGUUUUUAUGUUCAGACAAAUUACAGUAGGAAACAUAAUUGAUCCUACCUUUAUGAAUUUCGCUAAUUUCUCACAAGCCCUUAUCAUUUUACUUAGAAUAUCAACUGGUGAGGAUUGGCCAACAAUAAUGUAUGACACAAUGAACACUGAUUCAACUUGCAUCUAGGGAAAGAACUGUGGGUAUUCUUACUCUCCUGUAUUUUUCAUUGCCUUCGUUAUGAUCUGCUCCUAUGUGAUGCUCAAUCUGUUCGUGCUUAUCAUCUUACAACAGUUUGAGCUCUAUUAUCUGCCUUAGGAUAAUAUUUUGCAGCAAUUCAGAGAGGAUUUGAUUAAGUUCAAAUUCACAUGGUCUAAGUUCUCCAAGGAAUUUGAGGGACUCAAGAUCAGAUCACUUGACCUAGUUGCUUACUUCAAAGAAUUAGAGGGGAAUCUAGGAAUGAAGGACGACACAGACAAAAAUAUAAUGAGAUACAUAGUUAAGAUGAAUCUUGAAAGUGAUGAGGAAGGCUUUAUCUAUUUCAAUGAACUGCUAUUCAAAGCCAUGAAGAGGAUAUAUGGAAAGGAGAGGACUAAGAAGAGAAUACUAGUUGACUUUGAACUCAAAACACUUGAUAAACUACAAAGGAUCAAGGCAAAGCAACAAAUGAAGUCAAGAAAGAAUGAGAGGGUCAAGGCUGUUACUGUGAAUCCAUUUUUAUCAGUAAUGUAUAAAAAUAUGUCAUUUAAAGCCUGGGCUAAGAUAUUCAAGUAUAACCGAAUAAGGAGAAAUGAUGAGGUUGAGUACAAUUUAGAUCGUGAUAGUUCAGAUGAAGAACUGCAAUAGAAAGAUGAAGAUGAGUAUGCUUAUGUUACUGAGAAGGACGAGUCUUGCUAUUCAGAUGAGGGGGAAAUUGGAGGUUAACAGAAUCUAUAAUAAAAUGAAAUCAUAGCAGAGGAGUCAUCAUAGCAUAUCUCAGAUAUAGACAGCCCAACUAAAGUUCUUAAGUAAACUUCUAGGCAUUCACACAAAGCCUCUCAAGAUCUGCAGCUGAUGCAAGAAGAUAUGAUACUCAUAGAAAAUAAUGAUCAGACUAUAGUUAGUGAUAAAAGAUGA